UUUUAGGUAGAUGACUUUGCCCAGAGUGAAGUAACUGAAAACUGUGAUCAAGAACAGGGAGUUUGGGGAGAAAAACGGACAACUGCUAGAGAAAGGACUGCUGUGAAAACACAAGUGUGUCCAGAUGAGAGUUUUGUGGUCGAAGGAGACUCCGCUGAACACAGAGGAGAAACACACGCUGAAGGAAAAUGUCUUCAGUUCCUGACGGGAAGAAACUCAUCCGUAGUCCCAGCGGCCUUCGCAUGGUUCCGGAAAACGGCGCCUUUAGCAGUCCUUUCUCGCUGGACGAGCCGCAGUGGGUCCCGGACAAAGAGUGCCCCAGAUGUAUGCAGUGCGACACCAAGUUCGACUUCAUCAAAAGAAAGCACCACUGCCGGCGGUGCGGCCGGUGUUUCUGUGAUAAAUGCUGCAGUAAGAAAGUGCCGCUGCAACGCAUGUGUUUUGUUGAUCCGGUGCGGCAGUGCGCCGAGUGCAGCCUGGUCUCCCAGAAAGAGAUGGAGUUUUACGACAAGCAGCUCAAAGUGCUUCUGGGAGGAGGCACCUUUGUUGUCACUUUGGGAACGUCGGAGAAGUCUGAAACCAUGACGUGUCGCCUCUCCAACAAUCACAGAUAUCUGUUCCUCGAUGGUGAAAGCCACUUUGAGGUUGAGCUGUCUCGGAUCUCCAGCAUGCAGAUUUUGACAGAUGGGACAAGUCCAGGAGAGAAUGACAUUCACACUUACACCAGUCUACUGGACAGUCACUUUAUCUCUGAAGGAGGGUCAAGAGCCAGUGGAAUGCUACUCCAUUACAAGCCGAUGGGCUCUCAGGAUGUCCAGCAGCUCCGCAUGGAGGCAGCAGAUGAUAAGAAGGUGGCUUCAUUAUGGUUGUCUGCAAUGCACAAGGCAGCCAAACUGCUGUACGAAGCUCGAGACCAGUGAGGACCAGAAGCGAAGCUCCAGGCAGCACACACCCAAGUGUUUUGUACCCAUCUCGGUCGGGUUUGGUACCCUUUGGAUAUUAUUAACGCCACUUCCUCUUCUGCUUAUCUGUCCGAUUCCUCAUUGGUUCUUGAUACCAGUUCCAUUCAUGGUAAUUUUUGCAAAUGUUUGUAUGAAAAAUGACUUUUAUUACCUCUAUAACCAGUACUUUGUACAUAAUGUUUACCACAAGUACGCUGCUUGGACCUAUUUUUAAACUUUAAUUUUUUUUUUAAAAGAAUUUAUUUGACGUUGACUUCAUUUAAUCCUCUUUUGUUUUAAUUCAUAAAUCAGGGCAUGCAGCAUUAAUGUUUCGACUCAAAAAAUAUAACAAGAAGAAGAAGGUUUGUUCUUUUUUGCCAAUUUAAAAUUAUUUAUAGAAUUCAUUAGAUUUUAAUUUAAUUUUUUAAAACAUUAAACAUGUCACAAAAUGAGGCAUCGCACCUUUUUUAUAAACCACCUUCCAUGGUUGAAUUAUGGUGACAUUAUAACUUUGUUAUGCUGCUACAGGAGAAGUGAUGAAGUGUGUCCUUGCAGGUUUACUAGGUCACCUUAACAGAGCCAAGCAGGGACUUGGUCAUUGAACUGUCCGCAGUAGCCAGAUCUUCCACACAGAGCGUCAUCACAAGUAGUUUGAAGGACAAAUCCACCCUGAAAUCCUUUAUCGCAGACAGAAAAGCAGCUUUCUGUGAUGCUACCGGCACUUCAGGAUUCAGCUGUGCUGCAUUUCUGGUAAUCUCAUAAUAAGAAAAGGUGUGAACAAACACAGUUGUUCCUGAAAUGCCAAUAACAUCACAGACUUGCAUCCAAUGUAUAUGAAAGUAACAUUACAUGGUGGAUUUUUCCUUCAGUGACAGUUCCGUUUAAAUGUUGAAAGUUUAGGUGAAAUCUUCUUUUUCAGUUAUUAGCUGCUUCAAAUAUUCACAGUCGUACAUCUUUAGGCCUUUUUGUCUAAAAACUUCAACUUUUCACUGAUUCUAGUGAAGUAUACACACAAAUACAUAAAUGCUUUAAAUAUAGUUUCAUGCAUUAAAGUUUUGUACAAAAUAUAUUGCUGAAUACUCCUACUUUAGCACAAGCUGUGUAUGUAUUUGCAUAAUUUUUAAAGCUGAACAUAUGACUCUAGUUUUUGUAAUACUUGUAUAUUCCUUUUUGCCAUUACUCUAAAGCCCCCAAACAUUUUUUUAAUCUUUAUUUUUGUCAUUAUUGUGCAGACCAACAAACAGGAUGUCAGAUCUCAGCUAUCCAUCAGCCAUGUUGAAUUGACGGGUCUUUCAGUUAGCAGGUUGUUACUUAGUUAUUCUAAUCAAAGACAUGAUGGUUAAAGUGUUGAGCACAAGAAAACUAUAAUUUUCAUUUGCUUUGCAGACAAAUUUAUAUGCUAAAGUACUCUAUUUUUAAAGAAGAAGAAACUGAAAGAAGGUGAAACUAAAGGCUGUUUAGUAUGUGGCUUUAGUGUUCAUAGAAGCCCAGUUUUUACUGUUAAAACAGUUUAAAAUGGGGGUAGUUUGGGGAACUUUGGAUGAAGCUGUAUAAAAAUCAUUGUCUUAAAAACAUUUAUUAAGUAAUAAGCGUGAGCAUUGUGACACAAAGUCACAUUUUCAGGGGUAUGUCAUGGUCUUCAGCACAGCGGCAGAUACUUACUGUCAAACUUUGAGCAUAUAAUAAUAAUAACAGGUCGUCAUACUGUAGGCGGCGUAUAUACCGGAUGGCAAAUAAAUGAACUUCCUGUCAGGAGGAAAACCCUGGAAAUAGUCAGUAAAAUUAACUUUUAGGUUCUAUUUUUUUAAAUAAACUGUGUACUUCAUUCUACAUCUGAGUUAACGUGUCCGUUAAACGCACAGCAGCUCGUCAGCUGUUAAUGUUGUAGUACAGUUUGGUGCAGUUUUACAGGCAUCUGCGUGUCUUCCUUUUUCCCCAAGCUUGAGGAAAGAAAUUAAUGGUUUAAUAGAGCACAGAACGGGCUAACAUUUGGUGAAAUGUCUGACUCCCCCCUCCCCCCACUUUACCGCUUGUGAAAAUCGCAGUGAAAAAAAAUGUUCUCCACCCCAACACACACCCCUUUGUGACAAAGGUUAUUUUUAUACUCACCUGAGAAUUAAUGUUGCUGUUAUUUGGUUUCAUGUUCUUCGAAGAGACGAUAGUGAAGUGUUUGUUUGAGACAUUUGUGUGUUCCUGCUUUGAAGUAUUGUUGUACAUUGACAGGGUGUAAAGUUUUCCCAGUCAACAGUUGCUGGUGAUGAAAACGGGUGUUAAUGACUGCACAGUCUAGAACAAAAAUGAUCUUUAGUCAUGCAUUCCCCCCAGUACCGCAUGUUGCACACUAAUGGGAUAUUAUUUUUACUCCUGUGUUAAUUUUAUUUUAUUUUUUUUAAAUCUCAGUAACACUCUGAACUGAAACUAAUUGGUUCAAGUUUAAUCAGUUGAAAACAGAUGCACAUCUACAGACUUUUGUAUCGUUGGCUCAGUGUGCAGCUCUUUCUUUUAAAAUGUAAUGAUUUUAUUUUAAGUUUGCACUACAUUUAAAAUCACCAAGUCAGCCAGUGUUUGUAUCUGCACUUUAUGGCCACUUUUUCCCUAUCAAAUCUUUUAUUUUGCUCAAAAUGCUAAACUGCAUCCCUUCGAUGGAUUUUUCUUUUAAUAAAGUCCAGUGUUUUUAAA